UCUUGGCAACUUGAUCAAGGAAUCAUCCUGGGCUAGUGAAGACUUAUCACCACCUGAGCUGCCAAAGCCUUUUCUCUUGGUCCCAAUUCUUCUGGAGCCACCGUCCUCUGAAGAGUCCUUUCCAGUAGGACCCCUAUCGUCGGAAGAGUCCUUUCCAGUAGGACCCCUAUCGUCUGAAGAGUCCUUUCCAGUAGGACCCCUAUCGUCUGAAGAGUCUUUUCCAGUUGGACCCCAAUCUUCUCCAGGUUCCUUUUCAGUUGGACCCCAAUCUUCUCCAGGUUCCUUUCCAGUUGGACCCCAAUCUUCUCUAGGUUCCUUUCCAGUUGGACCCCCAUCUUCUAAAUCUUCCUUUCCAGCUGGACCCCCAUCCUCCCAAGAGAUCUUCCUACCUGGAUCCUUCCCAACCAUGAGCCAAACAGAAGUGUCCACCUGCUCCAUUCCUCACACCCAACGGGUGUUCCAGGAAGCCGUCAGGAAAGGGAACACUAAGGAACUCCAGUCCCUUCUCCAGAACAUGACCAACUGUGAGUUUAACGUCAAUUCCUUUGGCCCGGAAGGUCAGACGGCCCUGCACCAGUCUGUCAUCGAUGGGAACCUGGAGUUGGUGAAACUUCUGGUCAAGUUUGGCGCAGACAUCAGACUGGCAAACAGGGACGGUUGGAGCGCCCUGCACAUAGCGGCCUACGGUGGCCACCAAGACAUUGUCCUCUAUCUCAUCACCAAGGCCAAGUACUCUUCCAGUAGCCGGUGACUCGCCUGCGAGGACACUUAGAGACUCUUCCACCACUUCCUAUUUUUUGGGGGUAUUAAAUUCAGAUUUAUUUUUUUUGUGUUCUUUUUACGUCAUAAUGUUUUUUGUUUUUUUUUCCAGUAAAGAGGCUGCUCUGCUUAUGACUUCUAUAGGGCGAAGAUUUGCAGGGGGGGUGAGAUCCUUCUUUCCCUACCUUUAAAAAAAAAAAAGUUGGAUUUUCGAUUCCUUUUUGGUUACUAAAUCAUUGAAACUUUUUGGUCUUUAUGAUGUUUUUAUUUUUGCCACGUCAAUGAGGAAUUUGUUCUUUAGGUACAUCCGAAAGAUUGUGUAAAACAAAAAAAAUAACAACUCCUGCCUCUUCAUUUGCAUAUGUAUAUAUAUAUUUUUCUGAUUGACAUGAAAAGCUGCUGUUGGUCUCCAGGUUUUAGUAAGUUUGGGGCCCACAAAGACAUAUUGAUUUCUAUUAUUUUUGUCCUUUUUUAUUUUAUUUUUAUAUCCUCUUUUUUUUUUUUGGUUAUCUACCUCGACUCUUAGCACAGUAUUCCUAAACAGCACCAGAUACUGUACGUUCUGUGUUCUUCUGCAUCUAGAUUUCUUUUAUUAUUUAACAUUUCAGCAGUAAAUACCCCCCCCCCCCCCCCAAGGACCCCCUUA